UCACUCCUUCUGCAAGAAGUCCGCUGAGCGGGAUGAAACUACAACAGGUAAAUAUCGCCAACUAUUAUUUGAGAGUCAACAGCUUUCAUUGUCUCUUGCAAUGGCGGUUCAAGGGGUGGAGCAGACCAUCCUUCGGGAUCCGGCUCUGUUUUACUGGAUCCUCAUCCCUAUUAGUGUGGUCAUGAUUUUAACUGGAAUCCUGCGCCACUACGCAACCGUGUUCCUGGCAACUCCGGCCAAAACCGCCUCAACGCUAGCAGAGUCCCGGGAACGUCUGUCACUCUUGCGCGGCGUCAAUCUACGAAAUAAUGCCUCUGCUGUCCUUACACCGUCAUCUCUUGCUUCUCGCAAGAACUUUCUCAUUACAGGCUACAAGGAGGGCUCGUUCCUGAAAGAUCCAGAGGGACGCGGCGCGGGACCCGUAAACCCCAUGACUGAUCCUGCAGGCAUGGAUGCGAUGAUGGGUAUGAUGAAGGGUAACAUGGCGAUGAUGAUUCCGCAAACAUUGAUUAUGGGGUGGAUUAAUGCCUUUUUUUCUGGAUUUGUUAUUUUGAAAUUACCAUUCCCGUUGACCAUUCGGUUCAAGUCCAUGUUGCAGUCCGGAGUUAUGACUCGUGAUCUUGACGUGAGAUGGGUCUCGAGUUUGUCAUGGUAUUUCUUGAACUUGUUCGGCCUGCAGCCAGUUUUUGGGUUUAUACUGGGCCGUGAUAACUCUGCGAGCCACAUGACCGAACAGAUGUCUCAAAUGAAUCCCAGUGCGACUGCCAAUCCCUUUGGACCUGGUCAGGACCCAGAUAAGCUGUUCCUGGCCGAGGCAGAAAACCUGGAAGUCAUGGAGCAUUACUGUAUUUUCGAUGGCAUUGAAGAGAGAUUGUUGCAGAGAGUUGGGUAGAAUGACGAGACCAUGAUGUACUAUAUUAUUUGAAAUUUUACAGGCAAUUAAAGAGUUCGCUGUGUAGCGUUGAAGUUUGAUUUAAUAUCAUAUCGUGACCUAUAGAUCUUGAGAAAUGUGCAUCCGUAAUGAUAAACACGCCCCAUAACCAUGUCAAUCCCAAGCAGAAGAUGUUAAAAUUGAGAAAGCUGUUCCGGGAUAUCAAAACGAAAAGCCAUAAAUCAUAGUUGUCAUGAAAGAAAUACACCCGCCGACGCCGAU